CGUCGCUUCCACAGUAUGGCCGGCGACAUUAGCUAGCGCUCGCUCAACGCUUUUCUCUGUAACAGGGGAACACACGGAAUACAAGGAACCGAACCGCAUCGCCUGCACGCUUGCCUACUCCGCACUUCUUUCCUUCCACCUCCCUCCUUCCCCCACCCCAAAAGGACUCUUAACAACCCGCCACCUUUCCUGCAACCGCUCGCUGCUUAAUAUAAGAUUACUACCCCGUCAAAGGUGAAAACUGCUUGGGACGGGCUGAGACCCCGUGAAGGCGCCGCAGCCCCGAUCAGAAGCAACAGUAAUACCAGCUGUAGCCGGUGUAGGUGUGGAGAAGCAGGGCGGCGGCGGCGACAGCAGCAGCAGCAGCAGCAGUUUGGUCGGGGGUGUCUGUCGUUUAAUUUCUGUGGUUGUUGGUUUUGCGGAGUUGUCUCACCAUGAUGGAGGAGAACGGUGCACAUUUCUUCGAAGGGACUGAGAAGCUCCUGGAGGUGUGGUUCGCCUGGCAACAGCCCUCGCCGCAGGAGCCGCACCAGAGCAAGGGGUCCGGCGACCUCCGCACCAUUCCCAGGUUUGAGUGGGACAAACUUUUGGAGAAUGUGCAUUGUUUGAUCAUAAGUGUGACAAAAACUGACAAGCAGGAAGCUUAUGUACUCAGUGAGAGUAGCAUGUUUGUCUCCAAGAGACGUUUCAUUUUGAAGACAUGUGGUACCACCCUCUUACUGCAGGCACUGGUUCCCCUGUUAGAGCUUGCUAGAGAGUACUGUGGGUUUGACUCAAUUCAGAGCUUCUUUUAUUCACGCAAGAAUUUCAUGAAGCCUUCCCACCAAGAGUACCCACACAGGAAUUUCCAGGAAGAAGUAGAGUUCCUUAAUGAAAUAUUUCCAAAUGGAGCAGCUUAUUGCAUGGGCCGUAUGAAUUCUGACUGCUGGUACUUGUACACUCUGGAUUUUUCAGAGAGUCGGGUAAUCAAUCAGCCAGAUCAAACAUUGGAAAUUCUGAUGAGCGAGCUUGAUCCAGUAGUUAUGGACCAGUUCUACAUGAAAGAUGGUGUUACUGCAAAUGAUGUCACUCGUGUGAGUGGAAUUCGUGACCUGAUACCAGGUUCUGUCAUUGAUGCUACAAUGUUCAAUCCUUGUGGAUAUUCAAUGAAUGGGAUGAAAACAGAUGGAACUUAUUGGACUAUUCACAUCACUCCAGAACCAGAGUUCUCAUACGUUAGUUUUGAAACAAACAUAAGUCAAACAUCCUAUGAUGACCUAAUUAGGAAGGUCAUAGACAUUUUUAAGCCAGGAAAAUUUGUGACAACCCUCUUUGUUAAUCAGAGCUCAAAAUGUCGCACAGUGUUUUCUUCAGCCCAGAAGAUUGAAGGUUUUAAGCGUCUAGAUCGCCAGAUUGCUCAAUUUAAUGACUACAACUUCGUUUUUACCAGUUUUGCCAAGAAUAAACAGCAGAGUUGAUUAAGAGAAAUGAGGAAAAAACGCAAAAAGAAACCUAAUAGAGGAGGUGGUGGUUGCUUUCUAGUUAAUGUUACAAGGGGCCAUAUUUUUCAUAUCCACCUCGUAGUUGCAGAAAGCCCUAGAUGUAAUCAUAGUAUAAUUUUCAAUUGUAUGCAUUAUUAUAUCAAAAAAUUAGAUAUAUUGCAUGAUCGCUCUCUUCUGUGUUUAGGUAUUCUAUUUCACUUUUGCUGUGAAAUUGGAAAGCAUGUAGAAAAAAAUUACUGUAUGAGACUCUACAACAUUUGUAAAAAUUCAAAUAGGAUUACAUGCAGUAUAGUUUUUCUCCAAGUAUCACCAAAAAUUCCCCACAGACAAGGAUUUCGUCCUCAUUAGAACUUACCUUGGACCUACUUAUCCAAAACAGUUAGUUGCCUAACUUUUUCAUAUGUAUGCUGUAACUUAAUUUUAAAAUUUCUUGAAUUUGAGUGAUUUCUAAUUGAUACUUACUUUGUAACUCAAUGGCAAAUUCAAACUCCUUGUAGUUUAAAAAUGUUGAAAUUGGUAGAACAAGACUGCUUACAUACGGUGGGCUAAUUCACUUUUAUAAUUUGGGUCAAGUAUAUUUUAUCUCUCUAGAUCUGUAUAUAUCCCCAGAACCAAUUGAAAAGACUGUACGCUAGGCAUUAGUACACUAACUCUUCACCUCUGGGAAUUUACUUGCUCAUUUGUCACAAGUUAUUUUGAUAGUCUUUUAAAUUUAUGCCAAAACCAUUCCUGUUCCAUGUUGGUCAUUUGUUCAAAGGCACCCCAUAACGACUGGUGGAAGUUGUCAAAUGUCUCAUGUUAGAUGUACUGACACAAUUGUGACAGUAUGAACUAAGCUGACUUCAGUGUUUCACUAACUUCAGAUACAGUUGCAACAUUUAGGAAUCUAAUCUGAUAGGAGCAUGGUGCUUCUUAAUGGUAACUUGGCAAGAAGAUCUAGUAAAUAACACAGUAGAAUGUAACUCAAAACUACUGCACAAAUAGUUGCCAUUUCUUACUGUGAAAUAUACUGGCUCAAAUGUUACUUCAUAUUAAUUCAAACACCACAGGCCCUUCCACACUGUGACGUCCUGUGACAUCAUUGUGCAUGUGAUAUUUAAGCUGAAUUUAACAAUAUUGUGACUUCAUCUGUGUUUCUUCCUAAUUAAUGUGCGGUUCCUUUUUACAUGAUGUGGAAGGUACUGAGUGAUUUGGCUGCAGCAAGCAAAAUAUGGGGAGCCUAGACGCAGUGAAGUGCAACACUGUAUUUAGAACAUUAAUAACAGUCUAGGCAUGGAAAUCAAACUUCUGAGAGAUAGUAUAUUCAAAUAUCAUUUGAAAUACUGUGGGAUUUCAGCUGUUGAGACCAGCAAGUCUGUUACAAAUUUGACAUUAUAGUCCUUGAUAUGUUUUUGAUUCUCUGAAUAAGACAAUAUUUUGUUCCUUCUGUAUUUAUAAAUGAAGCACUUUUUUUUAGUGCUUCUAGGCAACUAUAUCUGCUUGGUUGGAAAUCAAGCAGUUGGAACACCUUCACUUUUUUAUUUUUAGAUUUUUUUUCUACCAAAAUGAUCAAUUUUGCUUCUGAGUAGCACCUGACAGUUCAGGGUGCUUUAGAUUUUAAGGACCAAUUUUUCAAAUGCUUUUUGUUCUUGAAGAGUGCCCCAAGUAGAUGGCACUUGUUGGCUUGAGGUCUGCUUGACUGAAGAUCCCUUUGAGUAAUAUUGGAAGUGCAGAUUCAAGUAAAAAUAAGCCUUGGAUAGAUAGAAAGAAAAAGCACUUGAAUGGGUAUUCAUGAACACUAGGGUGAACGAAAGAGGGGGUGAUGUUUGGUGUUUAAAACUUCUCUCUGUGGUGUUAGACAUGAAUCAUUAAAAUGUACAAAAAUAUAUCUGUACCAGAAAUUGUAAUGCUUCAAUAAAAGUUUGCUUUCUAA